GGAGUGGCUAACAUGUUUGAAGUGUUGAUCUAUUUUUCCAGUGUUCAGACAAGUGUAAACCCACUUCUCUCCAUUGUGAAUUUUAGUAAGUAAAUUUCCUUUUUCAGGGGUAAAAUUGGAUUUUUGUGAUUUUUUUCUUAUGAUUUAGUAGAACGGUCCAGUAGAAUGUGAAACACUCCAGAAUUAGCAGGUCUCGCUUUGGGGGUAAUGGUUUAUGGGCUGGAAUCAGAGCAUUUAGACGUUUAAGCCCAGAAUCAGGGAGAUCGAUCAUAAAAAUAAGCUUUCAGCCAGUGUUUAUUGGAUAAUGUGUGUAAGCAUUGACCAGAUCCAGUAUGAGCAGGGAAUGUAUGUGGGUUGCUUGGGAUUUGCAUAGGGGUAUCUGUUUAUCAAAAUAUUCAACUGAAAAUGUUUAGGAACAAAUAAAUAUCAUGGCAAAAUUACUUUCCUUGCAUUUUUGAUAGCACAGGAUCAUACGGUUUUACUUGGUUUUGGCUUUGCCUGGCAGAAAGUAUAAUUCUCACAUGGAAAUCCUACAGAACAUAUUGGAUUCAGAUACUUAUCAUGCACACAAUUUUAUCUGAAUUCACAAUGAACAAAUCUGGGAGCAGGCAAAUUUGUAAUAUAAUUUCUACUGCUUUUUGCAGGCAUACCAAUUUAAAAAUAUAUAUAUUUGCCCACUGGAAGCACUAGCAACCAGUGGGCAAAGGGUAAAGAUGUAACAAAAAUAAAAUAUUGAUUCAAUUAAUAAUAUUUAUAAAACAACCAUAUAAUGAACAAUUUCUAACCACUUUUAUGUUUAGUUAUUUGGGUAUAAUGUUGUCCCUAUGGUGUUAUGGACAGUCUGUUUAUAACUGUGUUUAUGCAUCAUGUUAGUUGGCCACCAAAUGCAUAGAUUAGCAAGUAUGGUUAAAUUAAACUCCACCGAUGGGCAGAUUAGAGUUGGCAGGGGCCAAGAGUGAAUUGGCCCUUUGGCCAGGGCAGGUUUUACAUGUCAGGUGCCUGAAGGCACAACAUUGUAAGCACAACACCAAAAUAAAGGAGACAAAGUAAGUUAAUUAAUUAACUGGACAUUGCAGGCCUAAAAUUUUAUUCAUAUUUGACAACUGCAUAUGUAUAAAAAUAUGCGUGUGCAUAUUACUGUUUGCAUGAAAUGUUUUGUGUCUCACUCUGUGAGUACAGUAAAUGCAUGCAGGGUUACAAAUAACAUUAGAACUGGUUAGGGUGAAGGGGUGUUUAAGGUUAGAAAGGGGUUAAUGUCAGUCAGAUUACUAAGAGGGUGUUCUAUGCCGUCCUUAAGGGUCUGGCUCUAAACGCGGGCGUCCUAGCCGUUCUUGCCGCCCACGUGGCCAGCACCAUGAGCCCGCUGCAGAUCAUGGUCGGGGGCAUGCCUGGCCACUCAGGCAGCCCCCCUGUGCCCAGUGACCACAGUCUGCAGCCUCUGAUCGCAGUGACAGGCUGUCACCGCGAGCAGUAUUUACUAUGUGUCAGCAGAUUUAACUUAUUAUUAUGUAUUAACUUAUUAUUGUACUGUAUUCUUCUGGCAUUAUUGGUGUGUAACAUCUAAUUUUAAUUUAAGAAAAGGAGUGGCGUGUAAUGGGACAUUGUGCUGAUUUGUUGUCAUAUCGGACUGUUUGUAGAUGUGCCCCAGACCAAAAGUAGCCGUCCCACCUUUGAUGAUGGCUGCAGAAAAGCCCCAUGGAAUUUUUUGUUCCUCUGCAACCAAUCCCAAAAACAUGCAUUCCCGGACAGAUUACAGAAGAUACAAACAAGAUACUCAAAAUACCAAAUAUAUGAGUAUAAACUGGAAAUCUAAUUGCUGAAAAAUAAUAAAUGUUAAUAAAUAAAAGUAAUAUAGGUGGAUAAAUACAAAAAUAAUAAUAAAUGGUCAGACAAAAGGGUAAUAUAAGCCAAAUGGCUAACCUCCCAUCCUAAUGUCUCUAAAGUAGUCACUAAAGCUCUCAGACUUAGACUUUAAUUUAAUCCUGGUUUGAUGUCAGCCAAUGUCUGAGACUAGUAUUGGCUAUAAAUCAAAAUGAAUAUAAUGAGAGACCUAGGGGCAUGCUUCAACCCAGUGGAGUUCAGAGAUACUCAGAAUAAUUUAGAUUAUUCAGGGUUUCCCCUCACUUUCUCACUUCACAGGGCACUCUAUCACUAUGUGCAGGUAACCAACACUCUAGGUAUGGUUCUGCACAUUAGCACGCUUUAAUUUGAACACUUUUUUCUUUUUACCUCUGUCAUUGCUUUAUACCCUAUGUAAGUGAAGUUUGUAACAAAAGGCUUUUUGGAUACAUUUUAUCUAUUUGAUUAUAAAUUAUUCAGCGCUUAGUUAGAUGGAGCUGCAGUUUUGAUACUAUUUUUUGGAUAUAUCUAAUUACAAAUUAUCCAGUACUCAGUUAUACUGGGUUGUCGUUUUGCUAGCAAUUUUUUGACCUAACUGACUAUCAUCUAUCAUCUAUAGCCUUUUUUUAAAUGGGGUGUUACCAUCAUUUUUGAUAUAGCUUUUGAUUUUGCUAAAUACUCCAAUUUUUCCUAUUAAGGUGAUUUAUAUUCUCAGACCACUAAUAGUGGUGCAUACUAAGAUAACAUCUAAAUUAUUCUGAGUAUCUCUGAACUCCACCGGGUUGAAGCAUGUCCCUAGGUCUCUCAUUAUAUUCAUCUUGAUUUAUAGCCAAUACUAGUCUCAGACAUUGACCAAACCAGGAUUAAAUUAAAGUCUAAGUCUGAGAGCUUUAGUGACUACUUUAGAGACACUAGGAUGGGAGGUUAGCCAUUUGGCUUGUAUUACCUUUUUGUCUGACCAUUUAUUAUUAUUUUUGUAUUUAUCCACCUAUAUUGCUUUUAUUUAUUAACAUUUAUUAUUUUUCAGCAAUUAGAUUUCCAGUUCAUACUCAUAUAUUUGGUAUUUUGAGUAUCUUGUUUGUAGUUUCUAUAUUAGGGGUUAUGCCCCAAGACACCUCUGGAGUGUCUCAUAAGGUGUUACCCUCUACUGGUUGAGUGGAUUAGUCUGGUCUUCAGACAGCCACUACCUGUAGACGUUGUUUCUUUUAGAUUACAGAAGAUGGUUUGUGAGAUGUUCCAUUCAACUGUGUGCAUAGUGCACACAGUGUAAUACAUUUACAUUAGAAUUACCUUCCUGUUUACAAUGUUUGCUUAACUAUUUAUGAGUAGGAGGAGGAGGUGUAUUAUGAAAUUUUGCCCAUAGCCAACCCAGAGUUGUGCCAAGGGUCACUAGCACCUGCAUGCAGGAUUGUUUGAGGGCAAACUGUUUUGGAAUCAGGGAAUUUGUAAAAUUAUAGAUCAGGGUGGUGCAGUAGACAUUGCUUACCUAGAUUUCAGUAAGGCUUUUGACACUGUUGCACAUAGAAGACUUAUCAAUAAACUGCAAUCUUUAAGUUUGGAUUAAAAUAUUGUUGAAUGGGUAAGGCAGUGGCUGAGUGACAGGCAACAGAGGGUUGUAGUUAAUGGAAUACAUUCGAAGCUUGGACUUGUCACCAGUGGGGUACCUCAGGGAUCUGUACUUGGACCCAUUCUCUUUAAUAUUUUUAUUAGUGAUAUUGCAGAAGGUCUUGAUGGUAAGGUAUGUCUUUUUGCUGAUGAUACUAAGAUAUGUAACAGGGUUGAUGUUCCAGGAGGAUAAGCCAAAUGACAAAUGAUUUAGGUAAACUAGAAAAAUGGUCAGAAUUGUGGCAACUGACAUUUAAUGUGGAUAAGUGCAAGAUAAUGCAUCUUGGACGUAAAAGCCCAAGGGCAGAGUACAGAAUAUUUGAUAGAGUCCUAACCUCAACAUAUGAGAAAAGGGAUUUAGGGGUGAUUAUUUCUGAUGACUUAAAGGUAGGCAGACAAUGUAAUAGAGCAGCAGGAAAUGCUAGCAGAAUGCUUGGUUGUAUAGGGAGAGGUAUUAGCAGUAGAAAGAGGGAAGUGCUCAUGCCAUUAUACAGAACACCGGUGAGACCUCACUUGGAGUAUUGUACACAGUACUGGAGACCGUAUCUUCAGAAGGAUAUUGAUACCUUAGAGAGGGUUCAGAGAAGGGCUAGUAAACUGGUUCAUGGAUUGCGGGAUAAAACUUACCAGGAAAGGUUAAAGGAUCUUAACAUGUAUAGCUUGGACGAAAGACGAGACAGGGGGGAUAUGAUAGAAACAUUCAAAUAUAUAAAGGGAAUCAACACAGUAAAGGAGGAACUAUAUUUAAAAGAAGAAAAACUACCACAACAAGAGGACAUAGUCUUAAAUUAGAGGGACAAAGGUUUAAAAAUAAUAUCAGGAAGUAUUACUUUACUGAGAGGGUAGUGGAUGCAUGGAAUAGCCUUCCAGUUGAAGUGGUAGAGGUUAACACAGUAAAGGAGUUUUAGCAUGCGUGGGAUAGGCAUAAGGCUAUCCUAACUAUAAGAUAAGGCCAGGGACUAAUGAAAGUAUUUAGAAAAUUGGGCAGACUAGAUGGGCCGAAUGGUUCUUAUCUGCCGUCACAUUCUAUGUUUCUAUGUUCAUAGUAAAAUGCUGGACAUACAGACACCAUAACCAUCUUGUAACGGUGAAGUGGUCAUGGUUCUUGGAGUACCCCUUUUAGUGGUCAGCUCAUCAGUGAGAGUGAGGAAAAAGGAGCAAAAUCUGAAAGAGGAUUUAAAAAUAGAGGAAAGAGUGUUUUUUUUUUUUUUGGCAUUCACAGAAAGUGGGGGGGGAAAUUAAUGUAUAAAGGGUGUAGUAACCGUUUUAUACCCAAGAAAAUGACACAUGCGCAUAAAACUGAUGCAAAUGUGCAAAGAAAUGCAACACUUUUUUUUUCUACAUAACCCAUUAUGUAGUUUACGGCUGUUUAAUUAGGUAUGCAUUAGCAGCCAAGUUAAAUAUAGCAUUACUUAUGCUUAAAAAAAUAAAAAAGGGUUUGGCAAGCUGCAGCAGGAAGUAAUUUUCUGUUUCCUUUACGUAGCACAUAUCACACUUAGAAUGUAUAUGCUUCAGGAUUCCUAAAUGAUCCAGCAUUCAAUUCCUAUUUGCAUCCUAUGAGCUACAUGUGCACUUUUCACGUGUUGCCCAUCAACAUUUAUAAUAGAUGUCGGUCCAGGAAAAUAUCACUGCACAUGGCAAUUUUAUUAGUUAUAGAAGGAUAAGAUCUAUAAAUAUCUUAAUUUAAAUAAUUCUUCACAAUGUUUGGAUUAGUCAGUUGACUCCAUGGUAUUAAGCAAUUCACUUUAAUUAUAAUCUUUAACUGCAAAGCACACAAUGGGGGAGGGGGGGAAGGGUGCAAUGCAUAAUCCACCUAGCUAACUCAAAUGUUCUGAACUGAUUUGGAGUUUUUAAGUUAACGUCAAGCUAAAUGCAAUAAAAAAAAAAUGCUGAACUAUCGUAAUUUUUGUGCCUACUUCACACUAAAGGUAAACUAUAGUGCCAGGAAUACAAACUAGUUUUCCUGGCACUAUAGCUUCCCCCUCUGUCAAGGUCCCCCCCCCCCGGGAUGCAGAAAGGGUUAAUAACCCUUUCUGUCACUUACCCUGGUCCAGUCCCUCGGUGCUGGCUCAGCUACACCCAUCCACCAGUGGCCGCGCUUGUACUAGGAUUUCCCCAUAGGAAAGCAUUAUUUAAUGCUUUUAUAUGGGGAUUCUGGUGAUGCCGGAAGACCUCAUGCAUAGCAUGAGGAUGUCCAGCAUCGUUUAGACGACCAAAAGUUGCCUAUCCACACAGAAGUCCCUCUAGUGGCUGUCUGGUAGAUAGCCACUAGAGGAGGAGUUAACCCUAGCAGGUAAUUAUUGCAGUAUAUAUAUAUAUAUUUAGGAGGCUAACCAGCUCCUUGGUUUUGCACCCCUCCCUGUUACAGGUGCCUCAUCUCAGGAUCCUAUUUAAGCAUUGUACUGCAGAGAACUUGAGAUGGAAGGAUUUCCCCAAGUGAGUAGCUCAUUUAGCAGACAGAGUAGGACCUGCCAAAGAUGGGGUGCAUUGGUGUUGUGGCAGGCUUAUGCAAUGUAUGAUCAUAUAAUGUGACUUAACCCCCAUUAUUUUUUGCCUAGAUUAGGUGUUUUUAAUAACACUAACAAAAUUGUUCAGCACUAAAAUAACUGUUUUAGUAGAUCAGGGAGUGUGCUGGAUUUUCAUUUUUAAUAAAAUGGGUAUUAAACACCAUAAGAAGGAUCCAAUCAAACUGCAAAUUAAAGGCGCAUGAACUGUAAACACAUAAAAUUAGUAAUUUUACUGUGAACAUUGCCCGGAUAACCUUUUCAUUUUACAUUUUUAUUUUUUUAUUUUAUUUUUUUAUUUUUUAUUUUUUUUUAUACGUGGUUGGGGCCCUCUAUGACCAGGUUUUUUGUGUUUUGUUUUAAUUCAAUAUUCACCACUAAGCUGACAUGCCCUUCUUUGAUCAUGUUACUAUAUAUUUGCUGCUGCUAGUGAUUUUAUCUCUGGAAUGUAACCAAUUGCAGUGGAUAUUUUGUUAUAGACAGCAGCUCUUCUUCUGCUACUGCCUGUCACUUGAUUGUUAGGUGCAGUGUAUUGGCAUUUUUUAGUGGCUUUUUCUUGUGUGUGUAUAUAUGCAAUUUGCACAAUUUUACUCCUUUUUAAUGUUUAAUCAUUUUCCGUCUUUACUCUAUAGUGUUAUAUUUAUUUUAUUUUUUUAAUUUUUUUUUUUUUUACAUUUUCUAUUUAUAUCUGCGAUUAGUGGUGUGGCGCUGCCCAUAUUUAAUAUUAUUGUUUGUGGUUUUUACUACUAAUCCAUGGAUUCGUGUUUAAAAUUUUUUUUUUUUUUUUUUUUAAAUGGUUGUCAACAGUGCUUGAUUUGCAGCGACAUUUCACACUUUGCAGUAAUGUCCCUGUAAAUAUAGGUCUCAGAGACCUGUCCCGUAUUUUGAAAUCUGUCUGUAGAGGUGGGCAGGGAAUGUUGACAGGUAUGCAAUACUGGCCCUGAGCCAGAAUUUUGUCCAGAUUUCAGCCUGGAUACAACCAAAUAGCAGAAAUACAAUAUUCGCAUAGUUUAAUAAUAUAUAUAUUAAAAAAAAUAAAUGUAUAUCUAGACCCUAUUUUAAACAUCUGAACUGUUUCUCUGCUGGCAGCAGUAGUAGGCAAAAAAUAAAAGAAUAAAUAAAAAUGGGGCACAACUUUGAAUAGGAUACGCAUGUGAAAAUAACUGACUUUAAACCAGACACUGAAUGCUUCAUUCAUUUAACUUGAAUUUACAAUUCUGGUCAUUUUCAUAAAAUUUGGAACAUCUGGACAAAAUUGAAAAGCAAAGCACUAUUGGGAACUGUGAGUAAAACUACAACAGGGCAAAGAACUAUGGUUGAAUCUGCCUUUUAUACGCUGAAUCUUUAAAUUUGAAGCCACGCCCCCCCAAACGUCCAAGACUCAACGUUUUGAUGGGCCGUGACAUCAUUAGCGUCAUGAUGCAUGCACUGCGUCAUAAAAGGGGGCGGAGCUACAGCGGCCAGCGUUGGAACCACUGGAAUGGAGACUGGAAGCAGGAGGACGGCCAAAACCGUGAGUGAGCAUGACACCCCUAUGCCCACUAGAGACACUCACUGCAACCCAACGCCCAUGACCUGCUGACGGUCACGAACAGGUGCAAUCCGAGACAGGAUGAUCUGGGACAUACCGUUGCUUUAUACCAUUGAGCGACUGCAGCCUCCUUUCUAUUGUACUAUAGGCGAGGGUCCACUAAGCGACUUCCACGACUCUGGGGGCCAAGCUGGAGGAUGGCUGUCUAUCACAGUAUAACCCCUUUCGCGGCAAAGUGACCACAUAUGUCGUUACAUAAUAUCGUUCUCGACCUGAGGUUAUCCACACAAUGUUUAUAUUUUUGGUUCUGUUUAAUUGUUCAUUUGUGAUGACAUCAGUUGCCUGCUGAUUGUUAGGCUGGGCUUAUAUGCCCAGACAUAUGUAUAUUUAAUAUACAUUACCCUUGUGAGUGCCACCACUCUUUAGAGUAAUGGGUCCAUUGCGGAGACACAGAGGUCAGGCCACAGCACCUUAAAUAACAAUAUAUGGGUUUUCGCAGCCCGUGGCAGGCACCAACACAGAUUAACCCUGCUCAGGUGCGCCCAGUCUCCCUUGGGGUCAAUCAGGGAAGUGUCAGGAGAGGCAGACCGGCCCUUCUCGAAGUUGCCCAGUGUGUACUGCCGCGGGCUGUGAGACAUAUAACCAAAUUAGAUACAGCCACUCACGAAAUAUACAAGUCCCCCCCCGCCACCCGCAAUACCCAAACAACUGUGCCAACUCUGCAACCACAAUAUUUAAAUAAUUGGAGACCACCAGCCACCUCAUAGGAGGUUCUAUCACCUAAUCUCCCCCCCCCCCCUGGUACGACACCCUCGGACUGAGACUACUAGUUGUCAAUUUGUACAUAUUCUACCCUUUCCUGGGUGCAACCUACAACCUCCCUCAAGUUCGUAUCCUUUACCAUCCCAGACACCUCCAUUCCCUUUAUCUCGACUACCAAUUUGGAAAGACACAACUUAGCGCCGGUCACCUGUAUUCCCACAGGCAACAGUCCCUUAUUCCCCAACCCGGUCUGACCCAGAGCCAUGAAGAUCUAUUCCCAGAGCCAAACGACGCAUACUGCUAGAGGAUGUCAAACACAUCCAAGCAGAUAUAGUGUGUGCGCAAGAAAUACUUUGACACUAAUGGUUCCUCCAUUUGGUCUUAGAGUAUCCAUGCCAAUACCAUGCAACACACUCCUCUAAAUCUAGGGGAGUUUCUAUCCUAGUGCAUAAUCCACUCUCAACAGAACUGCUCAACAUAAGAAGGAAAAAAGACAGCCAAGGUUGAUACCUAAUUCUCCACUGUAUCAUUCACAACCCCAAUACAUACUAGUAGGACUAUACAGCCCCAAUGACCAACAACGUAAUGUUCUACAUAAAGUGCUAGCAAAGCUGCCCAUCGCUACAGAUAGUCAAGUCAUUAUGCAGGGACCCUAGCCAUGCACUCAAUUCUAGAGUGGACACAACCGUUGAUGUCUCCUUGGACAGACACACUAAACUUAAACCCAACUAUUAAGCACUGACAAAAUUGCUUUUUGAACAUGGCCUAUAUGAUGCCUGGAGAAGUCACCCAAUGAUAGGGAAUAUUCUUGUUAUUCCGCAGUACACAAAACGUACUCCAGAAUAGACCUCAUUACUGACUGGCUCUCUACCAAACAUAACUCAAUGCGAAAAGGGCAACAUUGUGUGGUCUGACCAUACUCCACUGCACUUAACACUAUGAAACAAUUACCCACACAGAGGUAACCCACUUUGGCACCUCAAAGACUCUCUUCUAAACGAUGGCCCCUUUGUACAGUAACUCACAGAACUAUUACAAACAUACUUCCAAACGACACACGACAUAGGCCCUUUCUCUGCCUGGCUGGCCUACAAACCGGUAAUCUGAGCUUGUUUGGUAAGCCGAGCGUCCUAUCUCAAACACACAUCUCAAGGAGAGCACUUAGACCUUCUCCGCAAACUGAGGAACGUCCCCAAUUCCCAUCUAAUCAACCCAAAUGAUAAACAAGCACAACUUAUAGCGGACACAACCAACUGCAUCGAUGAAAUUACCUUAUCUAAGACAGCCCACAAACAAGCCAACUUCAAAAUGCCCUAUCUACACAUGAAAACAGGCAAGAAACUACAUACACCACAAGAUAUAAAUAACAAAAUGGCGGCGUAUUACCAUUCACUUUACAAACUUAAAGAUGAAAACACCUUGCACCGACCAAGGCAUCACAGACUUCCUGAACUCACCCAUGCUGACGCAAGCACACACAGACGGCAUCCAAUAACCAGACAAGAAAUCUUAGACACAAUCCAAUGUCUCCCCCCAGGGAAGUCCCUGGGACCAGAUGGUCUCACUAACUCCUACUAUAAAAGAUUUGCACCCCAUCUAGGGAAAAUCUUCAACUACAUUCUCAACACUGGGACUAUAACUCCAGAAAUGCUAAUGGCGCAUGUUGCCACUCUCCUGAAACCGGGUAAGCCCCCAAACAGGAGUCAAAACCUGAGACCAUAUGCCUGUCGAACACUGACCUUAAACUGAUAGCAAUUUUUUUUAAAAAGAUACUAAAAUCUUCGCGACCAUUUAAUGUGGAAGUCCAAUUAAAGAUGGGGACCAAGGAAUCGUGGCUCAAGAUGUCUGCUGGUAUGUACAAAUGUGGACAUUGUGUGAAUUGCAAUGGGGUGAUUCUGGGCUAUUCCUUUCUUCAUCCUAGAUCUGGAAAGAAGUAUCCCAUUCGAGAUUUUUGCAAUUGUCAAACUGAAUUUGUAGUUUACAUGUUGAAAUGCCCUUGUGGCUUAGCUUACGUUGGGGAGACUACAAGGAAAUUCACCACUAGGAUCAGGGAACACAAGAGUAGUAUUCGGACUGGUAAGGUCCAGUAUCCAGUGGCUAGACACUCUGUUGAAAUGCGACAUACGGUGUCACAAUUGAGAUAUUUGAUUCUAGAAGUAGUGAAACCUCUGAGAAGAGGUGGAUCUAGGGAGAUGUUAUUGAAGCAAUGUGAAUUAUUUUGGAUUUAUGAAUUACAGGUUUUAUUCCCCAAGGGUCUUAAUGAGGAAUGUGAUCUCUCUCCUUUGUUAUAGCCUCACUUUGUGAGGCUGGUUAAUACACCCUGCCUGUGAAGUGCUUAUAUCAUUGAUAUUGUUUUUAAUUGGUGUUUAUUUCAUUUAGAUCGCAUAUUGAUAUCCAUUUGGAUACCUAAUACAGUGGGUACUCGGAUGGACAGCAUGUACCGAAUCAUGGAUGGAGUGCAAUUUAUUAUCAGUGGCAUUGGGUCGCUUCAAGUACAUUUAGUGGCGUGGAUGGAUUUAGCCUGUAUUUGGGCUUAUUUAGUGGACCUGUGGUUGGACGGCGUUGAUUCGAUUUUAUUGGAUAUCUUCAUAACUGAGAUUGGUUUUUUUGGGGGGGGGGGUUUUUUUUGUUGUUUUUUAAUUUUGACAAUUUUUAUUUUGUCAUACUUCAAAAUGCAGUAUAGGGGUACAGAAAAGGAGGGGGACAUAAGCGAUGUUGUUUACAUUUACAUAUCUCCACCGUUUAUAUUUACGUUUUACAAUUUACAAUUUUAACGUUUGUAUUUUUAACAUUUUUAUCAUUCUGUAUUUUUCAUCGUUUCUGAGAUUGCGAGUGUAGUAUGAAUUGCUGGUCCUUACGUCACUACCUGCGUUUGUUGCUAGUCUAUCGCCUAGUGGGUAGUGUAGCUUCGAUGUGUGUGCCGUGUUGCUCGUCCAUAGCCCAUGUGGUUUGUUCAGACCCCAUAGGACUGCAUGUUGGACUUCUACAGGAGGGUAGAACAGCUGUCUAGGUGCUUAUUGAAUUGAAGCUAGAUCCAGGGGGAGGAAAAGAAAGAAAGCAAGAAGAAACUUAUUCUGUAGAAAGUUGUGGGAGAAUGCGCCUCUUUUCCCUCCCUCUGGGGCCAUGUUUCCUAGAUGUUAGUUCUGUCUGACUACCUCCUGUGUUCUAUCGGUGAUGUGUAUUGUUCCAUCCUCCCAGGUCAUGCCCUAAUCGCUCCCUGUCUCUCUGGCAUUUUUUCGUUCCUCUUGUCUUAGUUUAGUUCUGCGUCCUGGGUUCUAAGGUUCUGUGCGCGUCUCUUAAUGUACUCUGCCCAUUUGGUUUUUGCUUCUAUGAUCGUGUGGUUGUUAGUAAUGUAUUUGUUUGCCAUAGCCUCAUAUUCCGAGUUUGUGGUUGUUUGUGUUAUGAGAUCGUGUUUGCUGGGUGCUUGUGGUUGCUUCCAGUGUCUGGCAAUUAGUGUCACUGCCGCUAUGAGCACUUGGAAUAUCAGUUGCCUUUCCUGUUUGUGCCAUUGGGCAAGAUGCAUGAACAGUAUGCCCUGUUCGGGCCUCAAGUAAUAUGGGUGGCCUAUCGUGUUUGUGAUUACCUCUUCCACCAUCCCCCAGUAUGGAAUUAUUACCGGGCACGUCCAUCAAGUGUGGUACAUUGUCCCCCUGUCUCCGCAACUCCUCCAGCACUCCCCUGAGCUUCCUGGGUAUAUUCUCGCUAGUUUGUCUGGGACCAUAUACCAUCUGUACAUACUUUUUCUCAUUAUUUCUAGGUGUGUAGCGCAUGAGGUGUGCCCUUUGUGCGCUUGGAAUGCCUGUUUCCAGUCUAGGUCUGCGAGCGGGCGUCCUAUGUCUUUCUGCCAGGCUUCUCUAAAGUCCCCGUGUUCGUUUGUAGUCGAUGUAUUCAGUAGUGCGUAUAGUUUUGACAAGAUUUUCUUGGGUAUGCUGUCCGUUAGGCAUAGCUGUUCUAAGGCGCUAAUGUUUGGUGGCUCGGGGUAUGUCCCCGUAAAGUGCGAGGUCACAAAGGAUUUCAGCUGGAGAUAAGGGAAUAUGUGUCUGGUGAGCAGGGAGAACUUGGUGUGCAGCACUGGGAAUGGCAGUAUCAUGCUGCCCUCGCAUGCCUGUCUAAGGUGUGUGCACCCCCCCUUACCCAGGGGGUGUGAUCGAAUGUUGGGAUGCCCACUGAGAUGCUUGUGAAUGGGAUGUUCCCUGUGGUUGGUCUGACCAUGCCCAGCGAUGCCCUCAUGGAGUCCCAUGUUUUGAUCAUUGCCGCUGUGGUCGGCAAAAGGUCCGCAUAUGUCGGUCGUAUUUUGCGCGGCAGCUGGUAUAGGUGCCGCAGCCCCUGUCUGCAUGCCCAGUAUGCUUCUAUGUGUACCCACUGGGGGGGGUCUUCCACUGCGUUUGCUGCUAUGGCAGCCAGCAGUGUGGCUCUAUGGUAAGAUCGGAUGUUGGGCAUUCCCAGUCCCCCUUCUUUGAUCGGUUUUUGUAGGAGUUUGCUGGCAACCCGCACCCUGCGGUUGGCCCACACAAAACGUAUAAUCAUCUUUUGGAUUGUGGUCAUGUAUUGGCCCGGUAGACUAAUAGGGACUGUGCGCAACAGAUAUUGGAGUUUAGGGAGUAUUGACAUCUUAAUCGCCGCCAGUCUGCCCAGCCAUGAGAGAUACUUGCCCUCCCAUGUGCGUACUGUCAGUAAAUGAUCUGAUCAGCUUAGUGAAGUUUAAUUUGAACAAGUGGGGUAGGUGGGGGGUUAUGUGGACGCCCAAAAAGGUAAUAUAGUCUCUCCUCCAGUCAAAUAAAAAAUCUCACUCAGGUGUUUCAGUCGGUUUGGUUGGACUCCCACGCCCAUAGCCUGGGAUUUGGUGACAUUUAAUUUGUAGUAGGAGUUGAGGCCGUACUCUUUGAUGUUGUCCAUGAGAUUUGGUAGUGAGAUUUGGGGUUGUGUCAAUGUCAACAUGACAUCAUCUGCAAAUAAAUUGAUUUUAUAUUCCUUAUCUCCCACGGUUACUCCGUGUAUGGAGCUGUUGGCCCUUAUUGUCUCCGCUAGCGGCUCUAAAGCCAGUACAUAUAACAAGGGAGAAAGUGGGCAUCCCUGCCUCGUUCCAUUAGUGAUGCUGAACGGUUCUGAUGUGAAGCCUGCCGUGACCACCUGUGCUGAUGGGUCGCUGUAUAAGGCCUUGACCGCCGAGCAGAAGACCCCCGGCAUCCCGAAUUUACCUAGGACCGCUUCCAGGAAUCUCCAGCUCAGGCGGUCAAAGGCCUUCUCCGCGUCCAGUGAGAGUGUUAUACAUUCUGUAUGUUGUCUGUGGACGCUAUGUAUAAUGUCUAUGACCUUUCUCGUGUUGUCCCCCCCUUGUCUCCCUUUAACAAAUCCGACCUGGUAAUUUUUGAUUUGUUGCGGGAGGAUGUUUCCCAGCCUGGUGGCGUAUAUCUUCGCGAAGAGUUUUGUGUCCGUGUUUAGUAAUGAGAUCGGGUGGAAUUUUUGUGGGUGGGUCGGUGGCUUGCCCGGUUUAGGCAACGUAAUGAUAUGGGCUUUUAGGGCUUCUGGAGGGAGUGAUUGCUUCGUUGAAAGCGUUUGUGAGGUGUGGAGCGAGGGUUCGUUGGAAAUGUCUGUAGUAGCAGUUGGCAAACCCGUCUGGGCCCGGGGCCUUAUCCGAAGGUAGAGAGUCGAUCGCUCUCAUCACCUCCGUUUCUGUGAUCAGAGCGGAUAGGCUCUCUUGUUGGGUGGGGGUAAGUUUGGGCAGGGCAAUCUCAUCUAAGUAGGAGGCUAUUUCGGCCCCCUGUGGUUGGGGCGUAUUUGGGUCGUCCCUGAGAUUGUAUAACGAUUCAUAGUAUUUGGCGAAUGCGUUGCUAAUGUCUUUGGGUGCCACUAUUUUCUGUCCACUUGGAGAUAUCAUGUAUGCUAUUUUUUGGGCUGCUUGCUGUGUCCUCAGUCUUUGUGCUAACAGUUUACCUGCCUUAUUUCCCUGUGUGUAGUUUUGUGCCUUGAGCUUUUUCAGGUGGUAUCCCUCUUGUUCUAGGGAAAUCUGGUGUAUUAGUCUUGUGAGUUUUUUGAUUUGUUCCCGCAGUUCGUGUGAGGGAGUGAUUUGGUUUUGCGUCGUAACACGCUGAAGGUCUGUUUGAUAUGUACGAAGCUGAAGGUGGGAUUUCCUUUUUAGGUAUGAUGCCCGUCUUAUCAGUUGUCCCUGUAUCACGGAUUUGUGGGCCUGCCACAGGGUGCUGCGGCUCAUUUCUGUUCUGUCAUUGUCUUGGAAAUCGUGCACUAAUUCCUGGUUUAGCUCUGUAGUGAAAGUGCUAUCUUUCAGUAGUGUUGCGUUUAUUCGCCAUGGGCUUCUAUGGGUCGGGUCAUAUAGGUUUUUCAGCGUCCGCUCUACCAGGGCAUGGUCGGACCACGUAAUCUGUCCUAUCUCACACUGGGCCGUCUGGUCUAUCCCUGCCCCUGAGAUAAGGAAGCCAUCAAUGCGGGAGUAGGUGUUGUGUACUGUCGAGAAGAAUGUGUAUCCUCUUUCCCCUACAUGGGUGGCUCUCCAUGCGUCAUACAGGUGGUUGUUAUGGAUGAGCUUACAUAUCGCCCUACUUUGUUUGCGAAGGGGUGCGGUGCGUGUUUUGGUUGGGGCUAGCGUCGUGUCAAUUGAGGGGUCAAAUACGUGAUUGAAGUCGUCACAUAUGAUUGUCGUCCCUUGUUGUACUGACUGUAGUUUCAGUAUGAGUUUGUGUAAAAAAUUGCGUUGGUUCGUAUUGGGGGCAUAUAUGUUCGCUAUGGUGUAGGGCAUGUCAUUAAGUGUGCCUACUAUAAUGACGUAUCUGUCUUCCAGGUCGAUGUGUUGAGAGUGCGGAACAUAGGCCACAUUUUUGCUAAUCCGUAUGGAGGUGCCUUUAGUUUUGCUGGCCGAUGUGGCGUGGAACUGUAGUGGGUAGUCUCUCAGUAGGAUGUUGGGGUGUGAGUUUGUCAUGAAGUGUGUCUCCUGGAGGCAUAAUACAUCCACUUCUUUGUGUCUGAUCUCUCUGUAUAGGAGGUGUCUUUUAACAGGGAUGUUAAGUCCCCUAACGUUGUGUGAAUAGAUUUUCAGGGUGUUAGGUGGUCAUGGUGUUGUUUGUGUGCUUGUGUUUGGCAUCUAUAUGUCAGGGGGCCCUUUUGUCCCAGUUCCUUCGAACCCAAGGGCUGUCCCCAUGUGGCCUGACGGCUACUCUGUGUGUCUUUUGGCCCAGAGGGAGAUAACGGUGGAGUUCCCACUCGAUUGGUUUUUGGUUGGUAUCCUGCGGAGCGUACUCUAGUUGAGUGGGGUGUAAGUAGUGCAAGUAUGAAUACAAAUAUGAAAACACAAAAUAUAACAGAAAUUGAUAAACCAUAAUAGACAAACUUUUUUGACGAACAGUCGGCUAUGCACCAGGUGGCGGUGCGUUGGGGGUAGGAACUAAUGGUUCCUGUCUUAGCUGCGGUUCUUCGGCCGCGGCCUAUGUGUGCAUUUAUUUUGUUGCGGUGACCCUAUUUUAGAAAAGCUUGUGUGGAAGGGCCGUCUAUGCCUGCCUGCGUGAUUUCUGAGAAUGUGUUUUUUUUUUUUUGUUUUUUUUUUGUCCCCCAGGCGGAGCGUGUCACUUUGGUUCUCACAUCCCUCCCUCCCCCCUUGGUACCAUGCCCCUUGUAUUUGCGUGUAUAUCUGUAAUAUAACUCCUAUUGCAUAUUAACAUUAAUUUAAAUAAAAUUUAGCAUUGCAAUUGUUAUACAAGCCUGGAUUCAAAUGGCUGGACUGGCAGUUCUCAGGCUCGGCUUCGCGGCACCUUCACAGUGAGGUGGGUUAGCCAGGGGCGUAUUAGCCACGAGGCAAACAAGGCAUUUGCCUUGGGCGGCAUUUUUCAGGGGGCGGCAAAAAACGCCGCCCCCCAAAUGCCCAAGGCAAAUGUCUUGUUAGCCUCGCGGCUAACUGACAUUCUGGGCGCUGGGCGGCAUUGGCUGCAGCGCUGGGCGGGCGGGCGGCCGGCGAGGGAGCUCUUCCCCUGAGCGCUCUGCUCAGCUCCCUCGCGCGCCGCCAGCAGAGUGAGGCUGGGAGCCGGGUUGAUGACGCCAUAUUCCGGCUCCCAGCCUCACUCUGCUGGCGGCGCGCGAGGGAGCUGAGCAGAGCAGAGCGCUCAGGGGAAGAGCUCCCUCGGCGGCCGCCCGCCCAGCGCUGCAGCCCCUGGACCCCAGGGAGAGGAAGAACCCCCCCCAGCAUUACCAAAGGUAAGGAGGCUGGGGGUUAAAAAAAAAAAACAAAAAAAAAAACACUAGUUAGUGUGUGUGUAUGUUAGUGUGUGUGUCUGUCUUUUAGUGUGUGUGUCUGUUAGUGUUAGUGUGUAUGUUAAUGUUAGUUUAUGUGUGUGUCUGUUAGUGUGGAUGUCUGUUAGUGUGUGUGUUUGCCUGUGAGUGUGUGUUUGUUAGUGAGUGUGUGUUUCUGUUAGCUAGUGAAUGCGUAUCUGUCAGUGAAUGUGUGUGUGUGUAUUAGAAGGCGGAGCAGGGGGGAAGGUUGGGUGGCGGUUGCGCGGGUGGGGGUGGCACGGGGGUUGCCUGAGUUUUGUCCUGCCUAGGGCAGCACAAAACCAGGAUACACCACUGGGGUUAGCGUUUAGCUUUCCUCCAUGUUGGAGGGAGUCUUUGAGUCUCUUUCGUUGCAGGUGGUAUCUCUAUACCCCAGCUUCUGAGGAUUUUCAUUCCUUCGUCUGGGCUCUGUAUUAUGGUUGUUCUUCCGUUUCUCUGUAUGAUCAGCUUCACCGGGUAUCCGCAUCUGUAUGAUAUUUGUUGUUGGCGGAGUUGAGUUGUAAUUCCUGUAAAAUCUUUCCUGCGCUUAAGCGUGUAUGCUGAGAUGUCAGCAUAAAUUGCUAUGGCUUGGUAGGCCGCCGGCAAAUCUGUUUUGUUUCUGGUUCUGUUCGCUCUCAUUACCUCUUCUUUUAUAUGGAAGUAGUGCAUUCUUAACAGCACAUCUCUGGGGGUUUCGGGUGGUAAGAAGGUGGGUUUCGGCACUCUGUGAGCCCGGUCCAUCAGGAACAUGUCAGGGGGCACAUCAGGGGCAAGUGCUUUGAACAAUCCCACGAGGUAGGCCGUGAGUUCUGCCGGGCCUAUGUUUUCCGUGAUACCUCUAAUGCGGAGGUUAUUCCACCUACCUCUGUCUUCCAGGUCUGCCAUUUUCCCCUCCUGUGUUUCUAUUCUCUCUGUAAGGCUGUCUAGUUUUGCUGCCAUGGAGUUUUGGGCCUCCUCAUACGCCACCAUUUUGUCUUCAAACACGGCUGUUCUAUCUCCCAGCUCUUUAAUUUCUGAGUUAAUGUUAUGUAUUGCGUUCUGUAGUGUGAGCUGAAGCUUGCCUGCCAUAGUGUCCAGCAUUGCCUGCAGGAUCCCGGUAAAUCGGCAGCCGGCGGUGCGGCGUUUUUGGCGCAAUUUUGACUACUUUUGGAUCUCGGAGGCUUCCGUAUGAGUGGAGCUACUGUGAGGGAUUAGCCGUCCGUGAUAAGGUAAACGUGCUUUCGUUUUUCCUGUUUAUCUAUUGCAUAUAGAUCGUUCUGUGCCCAGUUCAUUUACUGGGAUUAGUAUUUAAGUAUUAUAAAAAAAAUUUCCGUUUAAUUUAUUUAUGGUAGGAGGCUAUAUGUAGUAUGCCAAUAGAUAAUAUGGCGACCGUUUACACUCGCAUUGCGCAUGUGCGUGACAUUUAUACUAUAAUGAGACUUAUGGAUAUUUGAAUUAUACAAUAAAAUGACACUUUUGCAUAUUUGGUAGAAUCUUUUUGGGAAUAACAUUAGGAGUGUAUAGUUAAAUAUUAUGUUUAGCACAUAGGACUGUGAUCUGAAGUGAUGAUGUCACUUCCGGUCCCAGCUCUCUGCGUUAUUACUGAUGGCCAUCAGCUGUAAGUGAUUUGUAUAUGUGUGUGUAUAUAAGGGGUUCCUGGAUGAUGUUAUGAUAUAGCUAUCCUUGAUAAAGGCUACCAGGAGGAGCCGAAACAUUGGGGGAUUGUUUGUGACUCGUGUUUCUGCCCAUAUAGGCUUGUGGAAUGUGGUAAAUAUAUUUGAGUUUGAUAGCCUAUCUGGUCACUGUUAUAUUGUUACAUUAUGUAUGUAUGGCUUGUAUUUGUAUUGUAAUAAAUAUAUAUAGAUAGAUACAAUUGUAUCAUAUGGUGUUCAUUCCUUGCUUUUGAGUAUUUACUGUAUUGGUAUUGGAGGGAGUACCUUCUUGGAAUAGCACCCUAAAUUGAGGUGGUGGUUAUAUUAAGUGUCUCUCCACACGUUACAUUUUGUAUGUCUAUCAGAUUAGCCCCCAUCAUCCCAUCGCUAGUUCACAGGGACUAAGUGGGCUUUGUGGGGAGUAGACUGGGAGUUGAUGGCACCCAGAAGGUACCGGACCUCCGACAUGGGAUGCGGUAGGGGGGGCCCUAGCAUGCUACUGUCUUUGGACGCGGAAAAAGCAUUUGACAGGCUGCAUGCACUGGCCCUUCCUUCUCGCAGUCCUUACAAAAUUUGGUUUACCGCUCCAAUUCACGUCUCUUAUCAAGGCACUAUAUUCCAAGCAAACCGUCAGAGUUGUAAAUGGAGGUUUUAUCUCCCGCCACUUCGAUAUAGCCAAUGGGCCUAGACAGGGAUGCCCAUUAUCCCCACUGCUAUUCAUACUCUCACUAGAACCAUUCACACAGAAAAUACGGGAUGACCCCAACAUACACUACAUCAGACUCCACAGCCAGGAAUACAAAUUAUGCUAUUUGUGGAUGGCACGGGAGGGCUGGCAGCCUUAGGCCUGGGGGACAAAAUCAGUCAAGUGGCCCAUUGCACCACCAAAUCAGUUCACCAUCCAUGCCCACCUUUUCCUGGUUUUAGAACAGAUAUUGAUGUUAUAAUACCCGCUUCUUCACGGCUCUGACUUUCAAUGUUGUCAGAGCGCAGGCUGAGAAUCUCUGAGCCUGUGCUCUGACUCACUAACUGAGCGCCGGAACCACGAGGGAGAGGAUAUAAUCUGACUGCACCUACUGCUGGGGCGCACCAGUGGACCACCAGUGAAUCGUUUAAAUUGAAUAUGCUGGUGUACCCAACUUGUGAGCUGUGUUGGCCGCCGGGCGCCUCUGUUGUCAUGGCACCCUGCGUGACCGCACAGCGUGCACACCCCAAUGGCUGGCCCUGCUGACACACACUGAAGUUACUACUUAGAAAUCCCUCAAUAUUAAUACAGACUUCAGAGUAAACACCAAUAAACUGUGGAAACAGAGCUGAUCCCCCCCAAAGAUUUGAUUAGUAGAUUUGUUGUAAGAUUAAAUCAUGCCUCCUCCUCUCUCUCUCCCAUGCGCUGCUCUGUAGGCUGGGAGGAAGUGAAGAGUAAUCACAAUCUCCCAGCACAGCGUAAUCUGUGGCUGCAUAGGGAAAAGCUGUUUAAUGUAAUGCUUGCAGGAUGUCCAGCUGCCGCAGAACCUCUUUGUUCCCGUCUCUGCAAAUGGCUCCAGGCACUGCUUGCUGUGACUGAGCCACUGUAAAUUAGGGGCAGAGGGCACUUGCACUGCGGUAAAGACAGGUCUGGGCAGGAGGAGAGUGCAGUGCAAUCAGUGCACUCCUCUCCUGUGGGUCACCAGUAGACUGGUGCACCUGCCCAGGAUCAGAGCCGGUGCAAGGAUUUUUGCUACCCUAGGCAAAAUAAAUUUGCCGCCCCCCCAUGUGACAUCACAAUGCCCCACCCAUAUGAUUUGCCCUAUGAACUAAUGCCAGUGCUGCACACAGUGUGUGUUUACAUUAAAAAGCCUGCAGGGACUGGCUAUAGACACCAGAACCACUUCAUUAAGCUAUAGUGUCCCUUAAUGUGAGGUAAUUUAUAGAUCAGUGUCACGAAUAAUAUACUAGAUUGCCUACUUACAACCAGAUGAGGAUGAUGGGCUGCAGUUUGGCUCCACUGGUCUGGUGUAGAACAGGAUCUCUGGGGGCUGUUUGCAACUGUGGUCACAAAAUUCAAUGUUCUGGGAGAAUUGAAAGCGGCUCCAUUUUUAUGGGGGGCCCCUUGCACAGCUCAAGGUCUGAGCCCCAGGGCCUGACGGUGAGUAUGCUCAUAAGUCCACUUAUAUGUUCCACCCACCCAUGAGUUCGCUCACAGGGAGUGAAGUGUGUAGGGGAUGUGUUGUGUUAUUGUAGGGGAUAUGGUAUGUAGUGUAUAGGGAUACCAGUUUGUGUAGGUGAUGCAGUGUGUAUUUGUGUGUAAGGGAUGCAUUGUGUGAAUCUGUGUUUGUAUGCAUAAGGGAUGCAAGGUGUGUGUGUCUGUAUGUGUGUGCAUUGAGUGUGUGUAAGAGAUGCAUUGUGUUUCUGUGGGUGUGUAAGUGUUUGAAUUGUGUGUUAUGUGUGCAAAGGAUGCAUUGUCUUUGUGUGUAAGGGUUGCAUUGUGCGUGUGUGUGUAAUGGAUGCAUUGUCCGUUUCUCUAUGUGUAAGGGAAGCAUGUUGUGUUUCUGUGUAUAGGGAUGCAUUGUGUGUGCGUGUAGUGUGAAAGAGCUCCCUGUCUUGCCCCCUGUCCCUUAGAGUUCUCCCCUAGCGGUCACUUCUCACACUCACCCAUCCUCCCUGUGCUCUUCUCAUCCCCCCCUUCCCCCCCAUGUUCUUAUCACUUCCCCCCCACCUGUGUUCUCCUUACCCCGCUCCCUGUGUUCUUCUUCUCCCUGUUCUCCUAAUCUCCCCUACUCCUCACCCUUACUCUCCCCCCUCCUCCCUGUGUUCUUCUUACCCCCCCUCUUCUUCUUACCCCUACCCUGUAGCGUGGACGAGCUCCACUCCGGUCCGCGGUGCCUAGUGUGCACUUCCUGUCAGUUCGGCCGGUUACAGGAAACAGAAACUCCGCGCGGAACAGGAGUGUGCACCUUCCUAUCACUCCGGCCGGGCACCGCAUACUGGAGAGGAGCUCUGCCAUGCUGCAGUCGCCUGAGGCUCUUCACAGAGCACUCAGGCGGCUGCAGCAUUAGGACCGGCCUUGCAGCGGCCGGUUUUAAAAUCAUUUAGAGCGGCCUGGGGGGCAAUUGCCUCCCUGCCCCCCGGCCCAGCCCACACCUGGUGGUCGACAUCCUAUUGUCAUAGUCAAAAGCAUACUAUCCUCUGCACCCAGCAGGGACUUGGGUAAGGGGGGUGUUGUGCAACACUAUGCCCUAUUAGCGAGAAUAGUGCCAGGGCACUCCUACUAUCAAAACUACUACAGCAGGUAUAAGUAAUUACAACCCCUUAAGCCAUGAUUCCCACUAGCAAUGCUUUCCUAUUCUGUGCAUACUUUUUUUCCUUUUUCUGUACAACCUUUAAAAUGUUUUUACUAAAAGAACACUCCAAGCACCAAAACCACUGCUGCAUUAUGUGAAGGUUUAGGUUUUUAUUUGCAUCCAUUAUUGACAAUUCGAAUUUUGAAUAAUGACAUUCCUCGACUGGGAUGCGGCAGAUCCUACCUCUGAAAAGUAUUAUUGGUAUUAAUAAUCUUCUUUACUUUUUUUUUUUUUUUUCUAGUUUUUUUUAUUUAUUUUUAAACCAUGGCUGCCGGGGACUUCAGAAGUAAUAAGGAGCCUGUCACAUCCCAGAGACCUGACAACACUGCAUUCACACAGCAGAGACUCCCAGCCUGGCAACCACUACUCUCUGCAAGCAUUGUUCUUCCUUUCUUUUUCAUAGCAGGGCUUUCUUUCAUAGGAAUUGGCAUUGGAUUGUUAUAUUCCUCCAAAAGUAUCACAGAACGUGAGGUAAGCCUAUAAAUUGUCAAAUGCUGUUAUACAGGGAUUUUCAGGGGAAUACAGGGUUAUGCCUAAAAGUGCGUGUGUGUGUGUGACCACUCCUAGCUUGCCAGAGUAUCACCAUUGGGGAUUCCUUUUCCCCUCCGUUGAGAUCCUAUGAGUGUAUAUAACUUUCCCUCAAUGAUCAGCCAAGGCUUGAUGUAGGGUAAAACAGACCCACUUUAUUGGUGACAAGUGGGGUUUUUAUACAAUGUCCUCAACAGGGGGUCAUUACAGAACAAUAUUGUACAUUCCUGUUGUCUGCCCAUGAAAUAGGCCCAUUAAAACUACUCACAACCAGGGCGUUUAAUAUGUUACCACAAUAUAUAAUUUUCCCACAAAGUAUCACCAAACUUUCCACAUCCGUGUAGCUCUCCUCCAGGGGGUAACCAGUUCAAAAGCGCUUGGAGGUAUCUAGCUCUAGUUAUUUGGAGCAAACAUUUUAGCCGGCAUGUGACUACCCCCCUCAAUUCGGAGUUCACUUCCGGGCAGCUGGGUGGAAAGUCAUUGUCACAAAUGAUGGCUUCGUAAAGACAAGAGAAUUGGGAGCACACCUGGAACAUGCAUUUUGCAGGAAUGGUGCUGCUAUAGUGACAAUACAGAUUAAGGAACAGCGCACACCUAAAAAUCAUUAUGGGGAUUUAGUUCCACCAUACAGCCACAGUGUGUUAAGCUCACCACUAAUUAUUUAGUUUUGACACUGCAUUUUUUGAAUUGUUUAUCACAUUAAUUUUAAGAUAUAUAUUCACAAUGUUCUUACAACAGACUAUUAAAAUACAUUUUAGCUUAUUUAGCACUAUUUAAUUUGUCUCCCGUGUUGUAGUGCUUAUUUAGCACUAAUUAAUUAGUCCCUGAGCGUGCUAGAGAGUGUAAUUUAGCUCUCCAGCUGGGAAGCACAGUAGGGAAGGGGUUGGUACCAUGGAAAAUAGUACCUUUUUAGGGGAAGGUGGUGGCAGGGAAUCCUGAACCAGUUCAUAGUGACUGGGUAGUCCGUUACAGUGUAUUUGUUAGAAAAGUGUAAUUGUGUCAAAAUUAGAAUCUGGGUACAGCUGCACAAAAACAGAAAAGUGAUUGCAUUACUGUUAAGAUAUUUUUUGCAGUCUCUUAUAUUUAGAUGACCGCGCAAUGGUGCAUUUUUUUAAAAAAAUUUUUUACUUUACUGCUCCACAAUUGCCUUCCAUCUUAUUUCUGCCAUUAUCUGUAUUCAUUGAAGAAUCACCAGACAGAAUGGCAUGUCUCUUUCCAUCAAUUAUUAGAGCCUCCACGUGCCACCAAUGGGUAAGGGCUGGACACUAGGUACUCUCCCUUCUAGUUGGGGCUGCCACUCACUAGGUCCCUCCCACAGAAUUUUAUUUUUGGGGCCCCCACCUGCUGCCAAUGUGUGGGGGCCAGGGGAAAGGACAUUGGGUUAUACCUCUUGAAAAUUAUUAUUGGGACCCCCACCUGCUGCAAAUUGAGGGUGGCUUGUUAGGCCACCCUCCAUAGCAUGGGGCCUUUUCUAGCAACUGGACAGAAAUGGCUGCACAGUUACUAGACUUAACACAUUCGUAGACAUGCCUCCACCUUCCACAGGGUUUAAAAUCUCCAUAAGUUAUAUGCUAUUUAUUUUUACUUUUUUUAACGUGGCAACUGGCUAGCAAGCUCUGGACAACCACCACACAACCCUCGUACCACCCAGGAUUUUAACCUAUGCGCCUGCUGGCUGAUGGUGUUUGCCAGUAGGCAAACAGUUCAGAUUCAUUCUUAAAACCAGGCCUGGAUCAAUUAUUGGUACCUGGCUUUGAAGCAGUCUAUGCAGAUUUCAGCUGUCUGGCAUCAUGUGGUCUGGGAUGAAACCCAUGCCUGAGUUGCAAAACUGGACAUUGAUAAAUAGCAUGAACAAUGUCCAAAUUUUCAGUCCAACAGGGUUAUUCAUCAACGUAAGAAUUAAAAUUGAAUUUUAAAUGUAUGGUCAAAAUAGCUGAAUUGGAGAAAUUCUGUUUUAUUUCCAUGUAGUGCCAAGAAAAUUUGAAUUUUAGGCAACAAUAUCUGCAUUAAAACAAUUCUCAAAUGUAUCUAUUUUUCUAUCUCUACUAUUUUGGCCUCAAUUUUUUGUUUGAUAUUUUUGCAAUUUGGAGCUAUGGUGACCUCUCCAGAACCUCAUGAUGGCAUUCAUUUUUACAUAAUAUACGAUUUUUAUUUUUGUUUCUGUUCUAACACAUAAACAAUAAAAAUCUUUUACGUUCUGAUUCAACAAUUUUUGCUCAGAUUUUGCAGUUUGGCUUACAAUUUACUAUUAUUAGGUGUUGUAGUGAAAACACCGCUUAAUCAUCUGGCUGGUCACCCUAAAUGAUAGUCAUACUUUCAGAUGGUCACUGGCACAUUUGGAUCAUAACCCAUGAUGUGGUUUAAAAAAAACCAAAAAAAAAACCACUGGAUUUAAAAACCACAUCCAUUGCUAUGGGUAUAUGCAGAAAUGUAAGAUGAAGUUUAAAAACACAUUGUCUGUCUGCUCAUUUACAUGUUAAGCUGGGAAAUAAUGACUUGGUUAGUAUGUGUUUCCAAAGUCCAACUUGAGAUAUGCAGGUGAUGCACAAUACCUACCUGAUUUAUCUGGUUUUAUAUAUUCAUUAGUUUCUUUUAUGUUCUUUAUAGUUUGAUUACACUGGAGUGCAACCUGGAGACAGAUGUUAUGACUGUUUUAAUGUUACGUAUAAUGCAACAGUUCCGUGCCUGUGCAAUUUCACCUUUAACCUAACAGACACAUUUCAGGUAAUGAUCAGAUACUAAUCGAACUUCAUAAAUGUCUGUCCUAUUACCUCUUUUUAAGGGGUAAUACUUUACAGUUACUUUUGAUGUAUAUUAUCAAUUUAAGUUAAUAUACAUAGGGGUUGUUAGUCUGAACAAACACCAUGGACUUCAACAAAACUAGAUGACCCCUUGGAAUUCAUCCAAACUGGAAAGUUAAAGGAUUAUUAUAGCAUAGUUUCGAACAACCUAUUAAGGUCUCUAGAAAUAAGGUUUUAAACUUUAAACCAUUUUUUCCAUUGUUUUGCCAGUCUCGCAGCAGCUAGCCCCACCGCAAUCUUGAUGAUCUCUGCGAAUCAAAUGCUUGGCUGUGCUAAACAGUAUCUCCUUAAAGAGAUGCACUGAACUAGGAAGCACCGCUGGUGACUGAGUAAUUGCCACUAGAGGUGUUCCUAGGCAGCAAUGUAAAUACUGCCUUUUCUCUAUACAGACUAUAGGCACCAGAACCAGUUCUAGUUCCAUAACCUCACAAUUUGCAUCAAUAAAUCACCCUAGUGUCACCUGAAUCUCUUCAGACCCAUUUUCUUCCCUCCUAAGUCCAGAAUCCCCAUCUUUUCCAUAUUCUUCGAUCAAACACUAUAGCCCCAAACAUAUAUACUACUCCAUCACACUUCUACCACUGUAAUUAAACAUAUAGAGCUUCCCUCAAAUGAAUACAGCCCCAACACAGUUGUGCACCUUCCAGUUAUUCCUGCAUGCAUUAUACAGGGAUUCUGCCCACAUAGCUCUGAUGUUCAAUUGUUCUUUAUUACAAUUGGUUGUGUAAAAUUAGCUGGCUAGUGGUCAUUUCACUAGGGAUACUAGCCCGUGUGGUAAGGGCAGGGCCGGAUUAACAUAGGGGCUGAUGGCCCAGGCCCAUGAAAUAGGCCCAUUAAAAAAUAAAUAAAAAAAAAAAAAUCCUUUUUUUUUAUUUACACCCUAUUCUUAGGUUUUCCUCCCGACUGGUAUUUUACUGGUACAGAUGGUAUUUGAGGAUUUCUGGCCAUGCCAGUAUUGCAGUAAUUCCGCAAUACAAAUGCAGAUAUUUUUCUCAGUAUAAAUGCAAUAUUACUCUGCAAUACCAGCGCCGGCCAGUAGGGGUCAGUGUGUGUGUGGAGAGAGGCAGGGAUAGGAAGUUAAAGCAUAUCCCUCCCUGCCUCUCUCUCUAAUCACUGAUCCGUGGGGGAGCAGCUACACAGCACAGAGAGUUCAGACAGCCCAGUGUCCCCAAAUGUCUGUCUCCGUGUCUCCCAGUGUCCUCAAGUGUCUGUGUCCCCAUGUCUCACUGUAUCCAUAUGUCUGUGUCCCCUAGUAUCCUAGUGACACAGGACACACUGAGACAUGGGGACACUGGGAGCAAUGAGGACACAGACACUGAGACUAGUGGACUGGGUGACAUGGGGACACUGACACUGAUACAUAGGAACACUGAUGCCAGGCUGGCCUUCCAAUUCUUUGGGCAGACAUGCCCCCUUUUGGGGCAUGUUCGCUCCUUUUGGCAGUUCUGGUCACCUGAUUCGUGUCAGUGGCCCACCCUUUUACACCACCCAUUGACUUCCUGCUUCACUGGACACUACUCUUAGGGGGAACGGAUUUACUUGAAAGAUGAAAGCAGUAAUUAGAGAGAUUAGCAUAUUUUAAGAGUGUGUGUUUUUUUUAUAGCUGCAUCCUAUGAGUUUCCCUCUGGCACCAUCUCCACCAGAUACAUAACGCUUGAGAGGCAUGACUGUUUUAGUGUUUUUGGUCGAUAAGAUUCUGUAAUUAUGCCCUUCAUAAUUGUCAGCACCAGGCCCACUGGGCUCUUAAUCUGGCCCUGGGUAAGGGUGUACCCUGACACCUAGUUUAAGAAGUUAGUGUGAUAUGAAAAAAACCUUUAAUGCUCUUUCAUCUAUGCAAAAUGUUCAGGUAAGCUUGCAAUGUUUUCAACAUUUUGAACACUGUGGUUGUGUUUUUAUUUAUUUUUUUUAUUUUUUUAGGGACCUGUUUUCAUGUAUUAUGAGCUAUCGAAUUUCUUUCAAAAUCACUACCGUUAUAUGAUCUCUAGGGAUGACAAGCAAUUAAGUGGAUACAUUGACAGUAUUAAGGUAUGCUACUCUAUGGUAAUCCUGUUUUAAGGUAACCGACUCUCUUUAAUUUCUUUUAACCACCAGCUACUUUUUUUUUUUUUUUUUUUUUUUACUCCAUUUUUACCGUUAGAGAUUCUUUCUCCAAUUUGUUACUCAGACCUUCAGUACUACUACAUAUUUUGAUUUCCUUAUUACAUUACCUUAUUAUACCCUUCCAUAUAUUCAUGUCUAGGAUAAAUAAGGAUUAUAAAUAGAGAUGGAGCAGCACCAUGAGGAACAUGGCAAUGAUCUUGGUGAAAAGUUCUUAUAUUUAUAAAAUGAGUGGAUAGCUUCAGCAUAGGAUGAGUUAUUUUCACAAUUAUGUGCACAUAAAACAUGAAUGUGGUGGGUAAAGGUUGAUGAAAUAUAAAUGUGUUGACAACAGGGUCUGACCCAUAUGGUGAGCCGAGGUAUGAACUUGAAGCUCUUUUGGUCUAAACUACAUAUCAAUCAAUUUAAACACAGUCUAUUCAUGCAAUGCAAUUCAAAUGGGAACAACUGAAGUAUAGUUGCAGGUUGAGUGCUGUUUUGAAGUCUUCAUUUUUGAGUGCUUAGCUAGAAGGCAAUAGACCUAGCAGGAUAUGGCAGUUCUCUUAAAGAAUUCUUUGUCCAGCUAUGUGUUAGACUAGUACCCUGUUUUAAUCACUCCAGGGCAGUAGGAGUUAUCACAGGCCUUAAAGAUUCUGCUUCUACUUUUUUGGAAGUGAGAAUUCAUCCAUGCAGCACUCUGAGGAUGACUGUACAAUAAGGCCACCACCUUUGAAGGGACUAAAACAGUCACUUCCUCACUUUUGCCAGGAUACACUUUGACUCUGGAUUAAAGGAACACUAUAGUCACCAAAACAAGUUUAGCUUAAUGGAGCAGUUUUGGUGUAUAGAUCAUGACGCUGAAGUCACACUGCUCAAUUAUCUCCCAUUUAUGAGUUAAAUCACCUAUUUCUGCUUAUGCAGCUUCUGUAACACCUCCCCUGGCUGUGACUGACCCAGCCUGCAUGAAAACAAAUGGUUUAAUUUUCAGUUAGAUAGUAAUGUACUUUAAAAGUUGUUAUGCUCCGUAAUCUGAACUUUAAUCACACACAGGAGGCUUCUGGAGGGUUUAGCAAGCUAUUAACCGAGCAAGAGAUAAGAAAUUCUAAAUUAAACAGAAUUUACAAUAAAGGAAGUGUAAACAUUAGAUGACUCUUUACAGGACGUGUUUUGUUCAGCUGUGUAAGUCACAUGCAAGGAGGUGUGGCUAGGGCUGCAUAAACAAAGUGCUUUAACUCCUAAAUAGCAAAGAAUUGAGCAGUAGGACUGCAGGAGUUGGAUUUAUACACCAACACUGCUUUAUUAAGCUAAAGUUGUUUUGGUGACUAUAGUGUACCUUUUAAUAACCAAUUUUCUUCAGAAGAUUUAUUGAAUCAUAGGAUUAUUCUCUUUAAUGCAAAGCACAGACAUGAAUCCAAAAUAUCAGACCCCUAAUUAUGAGUGUACCCAAAACUACCCUUAUUGUGCUGGGUGUUAUCCCUCACCUUACACUCUAGUCCACAGUGUUUCAGCCUCAGACAGAGCUGUAGCUCUGGUAGAGAGACUCGUGUGUUUUGCUCUUGAAGUGUUCCUUUAAGGACCACUGUUUAGAUGCAUCAGAUGCAUGUUUUUGUCACCACUGUCUUAGAUCACCUAGGAGAGCAAGUAUUGUGUAAGGUAACCAUUUCUACAGAGUUGGCAAUCAAAGAAAGGGUUAGGAAGGUUUUUUUUCCCCCCACACACUACUCUUAGGGAUUCCACCUGGCUUUUAUUUUAUUGGCACAGUAUUUGAGGCUGCCUGGCUGGUGCCAAUAUUACAGUGAUACUGGCAAUACAAAUGCUGGUAUUUUUCUCAGUAUAAACAAGAGAUUACUAUGCAAUACCAGCACUGGCCAGUAGGGGUCGCUGUAUGUGGAGACAGGCAGGGAUAGGAAGUUGCAGCAUAUCCCUCCCUGCCUACCUAUACUCACUGAUCUGCAGGGGAGCAGCUACAGAGAGUCCAGACAGCAACUCCCACCCUGCAGAGACAGCCUACAGCUCAGGAAAGUAAGGGAUGGGGGAAAGGCUGCAAGGAGACAUACACUGAGACACUAAGGGACAUUGGGAGACAUUAUGACACAGACACAGUUUUCCAGUGUCCCCAUGUCUCCGAGCCAUGUUCCUGGUGUCUCAGUGCCCCCUAGUCUCCCUGUGCCCCCAGUCUGCCAGUGUCUCACUGUCCCCAUGUCUCCUAGUGCCUCCAUGUCUCCCAGUGCCUCAAGUGUCUCAAUGUCCCCAUGUCUCCAAGCUAGUGUCCCUAGUGUCUGUGGCCCUGGUGUCUCCUUGUCCCCAUGUCUCAAUGUCCCCAUGUCCCCCAGCCAGUGUCUCUAGUGUCUGUGUCCCUGGUGUCUGUGUCCCCAUGUCCUCAAGUGACCCCUAUUUUCCCAGUGUCCCCAUGCGUCCCAGCCAGAGUCCCCUAGUCUCCCAGUGUCACUGGUGUCUCUGUGUCCCUAGGUCUUCCCGUCUUCCUAGUGACAUGGGGACCCUGGGAUACAUGGGGACACAGGGAGAUAUGGGGCAUUGAGACACUGUGAUACAUAGGAUCACUCAGAGACCUGGGGACACGACACUAGGGGACACUGGGAGACAUGGGGUACUGAGACACUGAUACAUAGGAACACUGAGACCUGGAGUAAUCGACACAUGGGGGCACUGAGACAUGGGGCACUGGGAGGAAUCCAUCUAUACAGCAGAAUCAAACUAAGUAGUUUUUUGGUGAUUUUACAGCAUUUUCUCUUAUGUCACUCCUUGUGAUUUACAUCAUGUGAUGUCACCCAUACAUAUUUAAUUAUGCAAACUAGCAAGGCCGGUAUGUUUUUCCAAGAAAGGUGGCAACUCUAACUACUUUUCACAUAUCCUUACUUAAGUAUGGAAACUUAAGAGGGAUGUAUUGGAACAAAACUUGUGUGGACUGGCUGACAAUGAAUAUAGUUAAAGGGACACUAGGGUCACCAGAACAACUACAGCUUAUUGAAUUUGUUCUGGUGAGUAGAAUCAUUACCUUCAGGCUUUUUGCUGUAAACACUGUCUUUUCAGAGAAAAUGCAGUCUUUACAUUACAGCCUAGUGUACUCAGCCAAUCCUAUGGGUAAGCACUGUGAGUGGAUUAGGCCACCACUUCUAAUGAUGUCAGCAGACUGCUUGUUUUUCUGAGUCUAACAGCAUGCAGAGUUACAGCUUCAGGCUUGAAUACAGUAAGAAUUUGCUAUAUUUAUGGAGGCAUGAGGGGCCCAGGGGGGCUAGAUGGUGGUGUUAACACUAUAGGGUCAUGAAUUCGUGUUUGUGUUCCUGACCCUAUAGUGAUCCUUUAAGGUAAUGCUGACUUUGGUCUCUCUAACAAUGUGCUUCUACACUCACUACAUACAGCUUUUCUCUGUCCCAGACUAUAUACCAGGAGCUUCUGCCUGCUAGUAAGAAGGUAAGGAGACAAGUGGACCAGCGAGUGCUAGGGGACAGUCCUUAGAAAGCGUUGAGCGAGCGCAUCAUUAGAUGCAUUUAUGCCAAGCUCAGGGUGCUGUCUGCAUAGUAUGCCCUUAGUUGGCCAGCUGCAUGAUUGGCAGGCAGCCUGACAUGCAUUCAUACCAGGCUGGCCUUCUAAUUCUUUGGGCAGACAUAUCCUCUUUUUGGGCAUGUUCGCCCCUUUUGGCAGGUUACAUGAUUUGUGUCAGUGGCACAUCCUUUUACUGUGCCCAUUGAUUUCUUGCUUGACUGGACACUGCUGUUAGGGGUUAUGGAUUUACUUGAAAGAUGAAAACAUAAAUUAGUGAGAGAUUAGCCUAGGGUAUGUGUUUUCUUAUAGCUGCUGUUUUCUUUCUCUCCAGCACCAUCUCCAUCAGAUACAUGACGCUUGGGAGUAUUUUACUGUUUUUGGUCGAUAAGAUUCUGUAAUUAGGCCCGUCAUAAUUGUCAGCACCAGGUCCACUGGGCUCUUAAUCUGGCCCUGCCUAGAGGUCUACAGGGACUGGUGGUGGCAGCUGAAUAGCUACAUCAAGCAGGAUAUAAAUAGAAUGCAAAGAUCCUAAGUCCUCCACAACUGAUUGAGAUCCUUGGCAGGAUCUAGUAGAAAUAAUUUAUUACUAUUGGUAUUUAUAUAGUGCCAACUAAUUCCGCAGCGCUUUACAAUAUUAUAAAAGGGGGGAAUUGACAAUACAUGAGACCAUUACACAGUGACACAGGAUCAAUAGGUAGAUGAGGACCCUGCUUAAACGAGCUUACAGUCUAGAUGAGGUGGGGUGCAAAUACACAACAGGGAAGCAAGGGUGACAGCCACCAAACAAAGUGGGAAAAGUAGCAUAACUGGAGGAGAGAGUGGAGUAUGGCUCUUUAGGAGAGCAAGAGACAGACUUGGGUAAGUAUAGAUAAGUUACCCUGGGAGACUAUAAGCAUUUCUGAACAGAUGUGUUUUGAGGGAUUUAAUAAACAAUUGAAGACUAGGGGAGAGUCUGACGGGGGUAGGCAGGCAGUUCCAAAAGAAGGGAGCCACACGCGAGAAGUCCUGCAAGGGCGAGUUAGCAGUAAGGGUGCGAGCAGCCGACAGGAGAAGGUCACCGGCAGAGCGGUGAGACCAAGAUGGGGCAAAUCUAUGAAUCGGGGAAGAAAUGUAAGGGGGGCUAGAGUUGGUUAGAGCUUUAUAGGUAAGAGUUAGUAUUUUGAAUUGACACCUAUGACACAGGAAGCCAGUGUAAGGAUCGACAGAGGUGCGAGGUAUGGGAGGAACGACGGGUGAGAAAGAUCUUAUGGUACUUGUGAUUCCCAACUGUCUGCACACCGUUUUACUCUUUGUUCACUCGCAAGUCUAUCUUCUUGUAUUGGUUGUGAGCAAAGGGCAACUCAAGGCAGGUCUGCACCUUGGGAGAGGACUCUUGAAGUUGUCAUAUAGGACAUCAAUAAGUCAUCUACUUGCCUAGAGUCAUAACAUUCUUUGCUAACUAUGGUCAAGAAAGUGCACACAGUUAAUUAUCCUCUGUCCAUUGUCAAUGCAGUAAAACGACCUAGUCACUAAUUCUGUUCACAGCAGACCAUAAUAUGAUCUUGGUGGGCAAAUGUCAUGCAUUAGAAACUCCCAGACAAGAACCAGGCAGACUUCACUCACAUAGUCAAGAACAGGAGCUGCCAGUAGGCAAAAUGCCCAUUCAGCUUGUGGAGCUGCACACACGUGCUUCCAAGCUCUAUUUAUUAGUUUUCUUUAAAAAUGCUUAAAAUCUAAUGCUAUUUUAUUUAUUUUAGAGCCCUGCUAAUGAAUGUUAUCCAUAUCAGUAUGACAAAAGUAAGGUACCAUAUGCUCCAUGCGGUGCUAUUGCUAACAGCAUGUUUAAUGGUAAGUAACUUUCUGUAUUUACUUUGCACAAAGGUAGAAUUAAUCAGUCCAAUGACCUUUUAAAAUGUCUCCCCUUUCAUCACCUCUUCUCUACUCUAAUCUCCUCCCAAGAUGAAGGCACACAAACUCUAUAAAAUAGGCUUAAUAUGAAGCAGAACCUGUACCUGAGUUAGAUGGCCAUAAAAAUAGUUUCCACUAUAGGACAUCCUAUUUCCUGGAAUGGGUCCACCCUUACAGAGCAACUUCUACAGUGGAUCUCCGCAGCUAGUCUCUGGACAUAUACAGGGUUAUUAAUUUGAGUGAGAAUUGAUAGGAAUUCAAAGUUAAUGGGAUACUAUAGGCACCCAGAGCAAUUCUCAAUGAAGUGGUCUGGGUGCAGUGUCCCUGUCACCUUAACCCUGCAAUGUAAAACAUUGCAGUUUAUGAGAAAUUGCAGCGUUAAGACUGCCUCCAGUGGCUGACUACUAGAGAGCCACUAGAAGUGCUUCCUACAGUUUUACAGAGUUUGACUCCGUUAAACUACGCUGGACGUCCUCACACUUUGCAUGAGGACAUCCAGCGUGUUGAGAAAUUUUUUUAGUCAAUUCUUCCUCUUGUCAGGAAUAUAUGGGGAUCCAACAAGCAGAGUGUAAUGGAAUAGUAACGUAUACCGAAUCUUAGACUGGUCGGGCUAACUUCACAAAGUCAGAGUAAUCAGAAACAAGCCGAGGUCAGGGAUGCCAGAAAUCAGGAACAACGAGAGUACAAGAGCCAAGUCAAAGGAAUACGGAAGGUAGAAUAGUCCAUGUCAAAUCCAAGAGAAAUACACAAGAAUAACGCACUUUUGGGACUAUACAGAACCACAACAGGGCAAUGAGACGUGUACUGAGUUCCUUUUAAUUUGUAGCCACGCCCCCCAAAACGUACGAAUUUGAACGUUUUGGCGGGACGUUAUGUCAUUAAUGUCAUGAUGUCGGCGCAUAUGCGGUGCGUCAUAAAAAGUGGAGGGGCUUUCAUGUCUGGUGCGAAAACUGCUAGAAACAAGAGGAUGUCCCCAACCCCCUGCUGGAUGGUGUCCGCUUGUGGCACAGCCUGUGCUAACACACAAGGUACCCUGACCGCUAUGGGGGAACGCCUAAUGUGCAUUAGGUUCCCCCAUUUACUGAUGCUGGCAGAAGAGAGCCAGACCCAGAGCCAAGUGUUUAAAGCAGUGGUUCCCAAACCAGUCCUAAUGGUCCACCAACAAUCCAGAAUUUAUGCAUUUAUUAUGGGGAUAGUGACAAAACCUGGACUGUUGGUGGGUCUUGAGGACUAGUUUCGAAAAAAACUGCUUUAAAGAGUUAUUUAAUAUUUUACAUCACUGGGGGUUAGGGGCUUUGGAAUUUGAAAUUUAAUUUGAAUUCACUUAGCAUUUCUGAUAAUUAUCACUUUAGUGAAUAACUUACGGGUUGUUCUUCAAAAAUACUAUAAUGUACAAAAGUUUGACUAUAAUCCAGUGACAAAACAAACUCCUCUCUGCAGCCUGAUCCACCUACUGUGAGAUCAUCAGUUGUAAUGAUCUCUGUCCAACCAAAUGCUUCUCCUAAAGAAGCAUUGCAGGUUUACUGUGUGUGUGUGUGUGUAUAUGUGUGUGUGUGUGUGUGUGUGUGUGUGUGUGUGUGUGUGUAUAUAUAUAUAUAUGAACAUCAUUUUAAAUAAUUCUUGUUUUACUCCAACUUGUUUUUUCUCUGCUUUAAUCACAGAUUUUUUCAAAUUGUAUUACAAUGACAAUGGAACCUACAGUGAAGUCCCAUUAACUAAAAACGGUAUCGCCUGGUGGACAGAUUACAAUAUUAAAUUUCGCAAUCCAAUACAAGGGAACGAAAGCUUAAGUGCUAUUUUCAAUGGUAAUGUACAUAGGUUUUAUGAUUUGCACGUAUACUGAUACCAACGGAACACACUGACAUGCAUGUGAGUACACAAAGUUUAGAGGCACAUAAAACGGCUCACCCUUCUGACACUCUCUCUUUUUUGAAUCAGGAUGUGGAUGAGACCUUGUAAAAUUAUAGAUUAACUGGAGGUUAUAAAUGUGUAUCAAUCUCAAAUCUAAAAAGAUAUACUUAGGCUGAUUUCUGUAUUUUAUAUAUCAUUAUUUUGCCUACUUUUACAUAAUUCAUUACCAAAGUAAUCUUAGUUUAAUCACAUUAUCCUGCAACUCAGAGGUGUCAUGAUGCCGUACUUUGCGCUAAUCAGUAGGUGCCACUAGUUAUUUUCCUUCACAUCAAGUUAACCAGAAAAUAUGCCAACAAUUCUUUUGUCAUGAUUAAUUACUAGGUGAAGACUGUUUUAGUAUCAUAUUCAAAUAACUUUAUGAACCCAAUCUAUCUUACAAUGCGCACAGCAAUUAAUGACCACGGAGGAUCUAAAUAUGCCAUUAAAAUGAAACAAUAAAAAUGCAUGGAAUUUAAUUCAUGCAUAAUGUAUUUAUUGCACCCCACUUUACUAAGAUGCCAAAUUCUAAGAAAGAAAAACACAGAAUAUUUAAAACUUUUUUUUUUUAAUUUUUUUUAAUUUUUUUUUUUAUAUUAUGUCAAUUAAAAUAUAUACAUGCAAUUCCUGGAUUACAAACUGCUUAAAACCAUUGUAAAACUUUCAAAGUAGUCAAGUCACAUCAAAAUAAUGACGUGGUAUAAAACAUUUAAAUUGGAAAAUGGCUGUAGUCUCCAUAUUGCCCUAAACAAUCUGUGAGUUUUUUGAUGUGUUAAAGAUUAUUAUUAUUAUUAUUAUUAUUAUUAUUAUUAUUAUUAUUAUUAUAAACCAAGGUAGUAGUAAUCGCACAGGCAAGAGAUGUUAAAUAGACAUAGUACCCCUUUAAGGUGGAAAUAGAAUGUAAAGCAAUGAAUAUAAUUUUAAGACUCUGCUGUGAACUAAGUAAGCAAAUGUAUUUAAGAUACAAUAUAUUCUAGUCCUAAGGAUAGAUAAAGUUGCUUAGAAAGUUGGCAACUGUCUGCAUUGACCAGAUAUGACCUUGCAAUAUGUAAGGCAUAGGGCACUCAGCACAUGAAUCCACAACUCCUGUCUAAAUGAGAAACUGAUAGCCCAAUGUAACAUUUAUUUAUUACUGGCCUUUAUAGAGCGCCAACAUAUUUGGCAGAGCUGUACAAUUGGGAAAGACAAUACAAUAGGAACAGACCGAUACAACAGGUAGAGCCCUUCCCGUGAGCUUACAAUCUAAAGGUUAAACUGUGGAGAUGAGACAAGAGGUAGCAGAGGGAUUUCUAUGUGAUGGCAGAGAGAGUUAAUAGUAUAACUGCAGCAGCUGAUAGCAUGUGAAGGGAACGAGGAGGUGAUUGGCUGUUCCAAACAUCCUUGCGGGGUCAUUAUUGUCAGGAAAAAACACACUGUAGUUUUGUUGAGUAACACUGAGCUGUCAAAGUACAGUAUAUUACUUAAAAAUGACAGCUGGCGUUAAAAUGCAAUAAAGCUGUAUGUUGGUACAAUAUUGUAUAUGGGCACCCAUUUAGUAGGAGUCAACCAAAUGAAACUGGGCUUUGGAGACUAUAGACAUAUCCUUAUUUAAUAUCUUCUAGCACAUCCUUAUUACUUUCAGGUGCACUCUGCUCCUUUUGAAAGCUUUACAAUGCUUUUAGCAAUUUGUAAUUAUGGAAUUUUUGUAUGUUUUUUUAAUUGACACAAUAAAUGUUAGGUUUAUUAUGUUCAUAUCAUUUUUGGGGUUAGGUAAUUGGUGUGUGUUUGACCUAUAUUUUAGUAGGGGAUUACCCCGAGGGGCGUACCUAGAGCAUUUGGCACCCGGGGCGGGUCCUGUGCUUAGCACCCCCUUGCCCCAAGCCCCGCCCCCAGCGCCAGUUUGGCUCCGCCUCCGAUUUUGCUUAGCUCCGCCCCACUUUUCCUCCGUGCGGACAGUUUAUCAGCUGUUUGCUUGUGUGAGCUGUACUGGCCGCACGGCACCCUAACUACCAUGGGGCACUGUGCGGCCACAGCUCACACAGCCCCCUCCAGCCAGGGCCAGUGCAAGGAUUUUUGCCGCCCUAGGCAAAAAAAGUUUGCCGCCCUCCAUGUGACAUCACAAUGACCCACCCAUAUGAUUUGCCAUGUUAUCUAACGCCAGUGCUGCAGUGCCGCCGUGUUUACAUUAAAAGGCCUGCAGGGACAGGCUAUAAACAUCAGAACCACUACAUUAAGCUGCAGUGGUUCUGUGGACUAUGGUUUCUUUAAUAUGAGGUAAAUUAGAGAUUAGUGCCACGAAUAAUAUACUAGAUUGCCUACUUACAACCAGAUGAGGAUGAUGAUGGGCUCUAGCUUCAGUCUGGCUCCACUGGUCUGGUGUAGAACAGGCUCUCUGGAGGCUGUUUGUAACUGUGGUCACAAAAUCAAUGUUCUGGGAGAACGGGAAGCAGCUCCAUUUUUUGGGGGGCCCUUUACACAGCUCAAGGUCUGGGUCCCAGGGUCCACCUUCAUGUUCCACCAAUGAGUUUGUUCACAGGGGGUGGAGUGUGUAGGGGAUGUCCUGAUGUGUGUAAGGAAUGCAUUGUGUGAAUCUGUGUUUGUAUGUGUAAGGGCUGCAAGGUGUGUUUCUGUGUAUGUACGAGAUGCCUUGAGUGUAUGUAAUGAAUGCAUUGUGUGUAACGGUUGCAUUGCUUGUGUAUGUGUGUCUGUGUGUGUAAUGCAUUGUGUGUUUUUCUGUGUGAUGAAUGUCAAUCUCUCCCCCCUCCCAAUUUCUUUCUUUAUCCCCCUCUCCAAUUUCCUUCCCCCCCGCCCAAUCUCUCCUUAUCCCCAUCUCUCCUUAUUCCACCCCCAAUCUCUCCUUAUUCCACCCUCCAAUCUCUCCUUAUUCCACCUCCUUAUUCCACCCCCAUCUCUCUCCUUAUUCCACCCCCCAUCUCUCUCCUUAUUCCACCCCCCAUCUCUCUCUUAUUCCACCCCCCAUCUCUCUCCUUAUUCCACCCCCCCAUAUCUCUCCUUAUUCAACCCCCCAUAUCUCUCCUUAUUCCAUCUCCCACCCCCCCUACCUCAGUUGUAGCGUGGCCGAGCCCAGUAUAGUCCGCGGGUACAGGGAACUUUUAUUUCCUGUACCCAGCCGGACUAACAGGAAGUGCACACUCAGAAAUUGGGAGGGGGGAGAGAGAAUGAAAUUGGGAGGGGGGAGAGAUUGACAUUCAUCACACAGAAAAACACACAAUGCAUUACACACACUGCAUUACACACAGACACACAUACAUUCCCCCCCCCUUAGUACGCCACUGAUUACCCCCACUGCACUUUCCCAACCUGACACUCUCUCUAACCAAGUGUGUUAUUUACUUUGUCAAGAUAUUCUAUAUUGUUCUUCUGUGAACAGGUACAGCAAAACUUCCAAACUGGGCCGUGCCUGUUUACCGCUUAAGUGAUGGCUUUACCAAUGAAGAUUUCAUCGUUUGGAUGCGAUCGGCUGCUUUGCCAAAUUUCAGGAAGUUGUAUAGCAGAAUUGAGGAGGGGAAUUACACAUCUGGUCUUCCUCCUGGGCAAUAUAUGUUCCAGAUUGAUUACAGUAUCCUUAAUAAAAUUGCAAUGCACUGAAUUCUAUAAAACAUAUAGGACACACUUUUAGUAUAUUAAAAGAGCACUAUAGUUCCCUUGGUUAAAAAAAGUGUAUAAUUUUAAUCAAAAAUAACAGGAGCAGGGUAAGCUGUGCUUUUUUAAAAAACAAAUUAUUUUAAGAUUGCAUUUAUUAAAUUAAUCAUCAUAACUUUUAUUCAUCUCAAAUUCAGCAACCAGACAGCUUCUUCUGAGCAGCUUGAUCUGAAUUUGUGAUGUCAUUGAAUCCAGUGCUUCUCUAUGAGAAACCUAAAAGGAUAGUCUAUUUCCUCAUUCAAUAAGUGAGGAUGUUACACAUCAAAAAACAGUCUGACUCUGAUGUGAGUACAAAAGCACCCUGUUGUGACUGUCAAGAAGACAGCCACUAGAGGUGUGUUUACCCUCACAAUGCAAACAUUGCCAUAUCUCUAAAUCAGCAUUCCUUUACAUUAAGAUCAGCAUCAGAAAUUUUACAUUGAAUCAGCAUUAACGACAGUGCUACUGCACGAACACCACUUCAUUAAGAUGAAAUUGGCACUCUUGGGGGAAAAUUACAUGUGAUUUAUUAAAUAAAUCUCCCCUUAGUUGGUUAUUUUUCUUGCUUCUAAAUGAACUCUUUAGCUUUUAGAAAGACAAAAAUGCAUUUAAAAAAAAAAUAAAUAAAUAAAUUAUUUACAUUCUUUAUUUUUGUUGUGCAAAAGCUUGACAGGCUUGUUUUGCCACGACUGCAAAUAUAGGCACUUUAAGAGGCAUAAUACUGUGGCAUAUAACAGAACUGCACAUUUUUUAAGUAAUACAAAGUCUGAUACAAGUUCUGUCUGAUAAUGGUAAGACAGUAAGCAUAAUUGAGACAUCUUGUGUAGGCUGACCUUAACGUUGUCAAAGAGAGAUUUAUAUAACCUGCUAAACUAUGGUUAAUUUUGGAGCUUGGUAUUUGCUGGGUACUAUUCUUAGGACAUAGGGAAAUUAAACUAGCAUGCCCAUCACGAGUAAAAAAAAAAAUAUCUAGACCAGUGGGAGGAAUGUCUGGUUGGUUGGUAUGAUCUGGGACAUAUGCUUCCAAGGGAAGGAUCUCGCAUUGGGCAAUCUGGCUGGCUGUUGCAGUACUGCAGAAAUAAGAUUAGCUGUUCAAACAUGCAUUUAUUUAGAUUCAGCCCACCUAGUAGUUUUCACUACUUUGUUUUUAUUUAUUUAUUUAUUUUUGCCAUCCAGAGUUUGACUCUUUGCAGUUUCUCUAUCUGCCUUUUGGGAAGUCAUGCUGACUCUUCUAAAAGACCAAGCCAAUGCUUCUUAUAGAGGAUUGUCAUAGGGCUAAAAGCACAUGCACAGCAGUGCACGCAUAUUGGAGGUUAGCUGUAAGAACCACGUUUGACUCUGACUGUUGGGUAGAUUUAACCAUGCAACAUAAGCAUUACUGUAUCUACUAAAUGGCAAUACUGUACAUUGCUGGGCUAAAGGAGCACUAUAGGAUACAUGACAUACAUUGAACACUGGUAACUGAAUAGCAGUUCUACAUAUGUAGGAAAAUUGGUUAUUCUGUUACCAGAUAUAUUCUUAUAAUGUAACAUAGCCAGUUGUUGGAGACACUAAAAUAUUACGUAAAAAGUAGAGAUUAUGCUUAUAUCCUAUAGGAUCAGGAACACAAACAUGUAUUCCUGACCGUAUAGGGGUAAAAUCCCCAUCUAGCCCCCCUGGUUCCCUUAUGCCUCCCUAAAUAUAGUAAAGCUUACUUUGUAUUCAAGCCUGCAGCUGCUUACUUUGUCCCUGUUUCCUUUAGACCUGCCUGCUGACAUGAGCAGAAAUGGUAGCCUAAUCCAAUCACAAUGCUUCCCCAUAGGAAUGGCUGAGACUAACAAAGAGGCAGAUCGGGGCAGAGCCAGCACAAUUCAAACAUAGCACUGGCCAAUCAGCAUCUCCUCAUAGAGAUGAAUUGAAUCAAUGAAUCUCUGAGGAAAGUUCAGUGUCUGCAUGCAGAGAGUGGAGACCCUGAAUGCUUGGAUGCAUUUUAGGCAGCCAUGACCAUGGAAAGAUCUCUAACAGCCAUCUGAGGAGUGAAGUUAUCACUAGGCUGUAAUGUAAACACUGCCUUUUCUCUGAAAAGAUAGUGUUUAUAGCAAAAAGCCUGAAGGUAAUAAUUCUGCUCACCAGAACAAAUUCAAUAAGCUGUAGUUGUUCUGGUGAAUAUAGUGUCCCUUUAAAUGUAAAGGACACUGCACCUUGACCACUUGAUUAAAAUAAAGUGGUCGGUGUGUCUUUUGUGGUAAUUUUUUCAAAUACAUUUUCUAAAAACAUUUGUUAUUUAAUUGAAAUACCUUACAAAUGUCUUGUAAGCAUAAUCUCUUUUUACGUAAUAUUUUAGUGUCUCCAACAACUGGCUAUGUUACAUUAUAAGAAUAUAUCUGGUAACAGAAUAACCAUUUUCCUACAUAUGUAGAACUGCUAUUCAGUUACCAGUGUUGAAUGUAUGUCAUGUAAUCACAUCCAGCCCUGUGUAUGGAAAUCCGAGGCCAACACAAAGGCUUUAGUCAUAUACUGUAAGUAUGUCUUACAGAUGAAUGUAUUUCUAUUUUAACCCUUAACUUGUUCUCAACAGAAUAUCCUGUCUUAAGUUUUGGAGGACGAAAAAAAAUUGUGUUUAGCAGUGUAUCCUGGAUGGGAGGGAAAAACCCCUUUCUUGGAAUUGCUUAUAUCGUGUUUGGUUCACUGUCUUUCUUCUGUGGAAUCAUAAUGUUAAUAGUAUACAUAAAGUAUCAGGAUAAGACUAAUGAUGAUAUUUAGCGUAUAAGGGACAAAUGUUUUUUUUGUGUUUUUUUACUUGCAUUUUGAGGAAACUAUAUAUCUGGGGCUUCCCACUCAAUUUAUUAGAGGGCACAUUUUAAGAAUCUGAAAAAUAUAUGUAAUGGACAUGGCUAAUUUUACAUUUCUUUCUCAGGGAAGGGUGAAUUUUGGAGUUUUCCCACUGGUGUAUUCUUAGCCAUUAGUCGAAAACAAUUAUGAAAUACAGCAGAUAUGAUUGUAAAUGAGUAACUGAACACAAUGCAUGCCCUGUUACUGUUUUCUAAAAAUGUAGCACUCUCUUUAGGAAUAGCUUUACAGGACCAUGGGUAUCUGGAUAAAAUGUCAUUUCAAGUGAAAGACAUUUGCAGACGGGCAUUUACUUUAAAACCAAGAUUGUACUAUUUUGUUUUUGUUGUUUUUUUAAUCAUUUUGAAUGUUUCAUGAAAAAUGUUUUCUGUUAUGUAUUUUGUGAAAGUUUUAAUAAAGGGAAAAAAAUUAAAUUUUCAGUUGGGUCGGGGCAUUUAUUUUACCUCUAUUACUCAUUAACAUUUUUGCAUGUAGUGUACCUAUAACUAGUUUGUCUGUAUGUUAAGAGUAGCUUUUUGCCAUUUAACAACAAAGCAGUGAAUUUUGAUAAAACCUUUUUAACAAGGACAUGUACCCUUAAGUCUUUACAUAUAGUGGCAUAGGCUGAAAAGAGACAUGUGUCCAUCAAGUUCAGCCUUCCUCACAUUUGUUUUUUGCUGGUGAUCCAAAAGAAGGGAGGGAGAGGGGGACAGUUUGAAGCACUUCCAAUUUUGCAGCAAACUAUGGGUAAGAAAUUCCCUCUUGACCCCAGAACGGCAGUCAAAUUUAUUCUUGGGUCAAAAUGCUAUUACCCUACAGUUGAAAAAUUAUAUCAUUGAAUAUUCUGUUUUUGCAAGUAAGCACCUAGUUGCUGUUUAAACAUCUGUACAGACUCUGAUUAAAAAUUCUUCAGGCAGAGAAUUCCAUUUCUUUAUUGUUUUUACAGUAAAAUAUACUUUCUUUUCCCUUAGACUAAAUCUUCUUUCUUCCAGUCUACACGCAUGACCUAGUGUCCUGUUUGUGAAUAGAUACCCA